CACUUACCGCUUUAAACCUGAACAAUUAGAAAAAUGUCCUUUGCAACCGCGAGCACACGCGCCCUCUCAAGGCCUGCUAGCUUCUCUUUGAGGACAAAUGCGUCCUUCAAAUUGAGCCGGGCUCCCCGGUCAAGGCUUUUACACACGGCAGGCCACGAAGCACCUGUCAUUGCCACAGCGCGUCCCGGCUAUGCGUUCCGUCGCAAAUGUGCGGGUGAAUCGAACAAUGUGUUCAAAAGAUGGGCAACUUCCACAACACUGCAUUCGACGGCAUCCGAUCCUGCAGAGAUGGAAGCCAUGCAAUGUCUGGAACAGGGGACCCAGAAGCUAGAGGAGGGUGAUAUUCAAGGCGCCAAAGAACUUUACAAUCGUAGUGUCGAAAUCAAGCGUAAUGCUAGCUCUCUCUUCAACUUGGGCGUCACGCAUUAUCACCUCAAGGAGUUUGACAACGCUAUUGCGGCUUGGAAAGAGUCAAUAGCACUGCAACCCGCUAGUGCCGAUGCUCACACAAACCUCGCAAGCGCAUACAUAAUAUCUCCUGUUGCACGUCCUGACCUUGCUUUGCAUCAUCUCCACAUUGCGGCAUCCCUCUCACCGGAAGACCCUGAGAUCGCCUUCAAUCUCGCCGCAGUUUUGGAAGCCACUGGGCAGCUCGAAGAGGCUCUGAAGCAAUAUCAACGUGCCAAAGAAUACGGCGUCGAGCGUGCCGCAAUGCAUAUUCGGAACGUUAGUAGUUCAAAUCUCGAUCGCCAUUUCCAAUCUCAUAUAGCACUGCUUCAACUGCAGGUGAGCGCAAAGAUCCUAGGCAAGACCAUAAAAAUCGCGGAAAACACGGACAACACGGACAGCUCAGCAAAAAAAUCAGAUUCUUGAUGCCGAUUUCCACGCAGGUGCGGGUUUUGUCGCAUCAGAAAGCGUAGUCCUCGGUCACUUGAAAAUUGAAGACUGGGCUAUGUGCGAAGUACUUGU